GAUAUGCUGCAGAGCGGGAAGUUGAACGGGCGGAAAAAUAACAAGCGCCCAACUGAGCAAAGUAGGACAGCUAACUUUUCUUGCCAUCUUUUUGACAGUCAAUCACUUGGAAGCAAAUCGACUUCGCCAUCGUACUAUUACAGCUACUUGUCAAGCUAAAAUGUACUUGCUAGUAUUCGAUUUUGGUGAGAAUUAUUGAGCUGGAUAGCUAGCUAACGCCUCGCUUGUUUUGUCUGGAGAAGGAUGGGAGACAGGACCCUGCUGCGGGAGCUAAAGCGGUUAUGUGUUGGCCCGGGUGCCUCUAUAUGGAGAUAUGUCACACAACAUAUUUUCAAUCAGAGCAAUGUAAGGGUUAUGCGUGGAAAUCUCCGAUGGUACAAAGUUCUGCACGAUAAGGAGUUGAAACAAGUAGUGGGGCAGAGUGAUGCUGCUAAGCGGUUUGAGCUUCAAGAGCAGAUAGAUGAGCUGAGAGUAGAACUAAACCACCUGGACUCUCAAAUCAAUGGGACUGAAGCACAGCUGGUUACUGAGGAGGAGUCCAUUAACCGGAGCUGGGAGAUGGUGGAGGAGAACCAAUGCAGGGAGCUGCUUUUACAGGCUUUUAAGCAGCGCUGCAUGAAGGAGCGCCACUCUCUUUCAGAGGAUAUCCUCAAGAUCAGUGGGCACUCCCAGGUUCUGGAGCAGCUGUCUAGGAGGGCAGAGGUGAAGGUGGUGUUUGGAAAUGAAACCUCCAAUAGCAGUGGGGACCAUCUCAACCCAUCAGGAGCAGAGCCUAAGGUUCUGCGUAACAUCCGAGAGUUGUGUGAUGAAAGACUCCAGUUCUUCCAGUCUUUGCAAGAGAGUGAACUGAACAUGACAUCUUCCACUGCCACACACUUGACACGUGAACAGAGAACUGCAGUAUUUCAACAUUGGUUAAGUGCUGUGGAGGACUUGUUGCAAUGCUAUCCUCCGAACCAAGUGCUGUCAGCCUUGCAGUACCUGGCCUUGGGACAGGAAAUGACAUUGGAGGAGAUGCUUGCCUCUUUGGGUAUGGUUCGUGAUGUUGCUGCAUUACGGUUUCGCUACGAGAGUAAUCACCUGCUGGACAUCUCAAAAGAAGAGGAAGAGCUACCAACCGUUAAGAGUCUUUUACAGUCAGCUUGGGAGGAGGUGGAACAGAGUCUGAUGGAACUGGCUCAGACACGGUCACGAAUUCAACAGCUCCAGACCCGAAAGAAAGAGGCACAUUUAGAGCUGAUUGGCGGGGAAUCUCAAACCGACGCCCUGUCACUGUCAGUGUUUAAGCUGGAGAUGCAGUGUGUGAUUCAGGCAGCAGUGAGAAAUAGUUUGCGGGACCAGUGUGUUCAAAUGGAGCAGCAUGCCAGGGACCGACAGGAGGACCUCCGCAACCUACGGAGCCAAUGGCAAAACAUCAUGGACUUCAGACAGCUUGGGGAUGUCAGGCAGGAACAGAUAAGCGGUCUGAUCAAGGGGAACUCAACAGCUAAGACUGAACUGACUCGUGUGCAUAAGGAGAUUGGACAGUUUGUUCAGGGAAAGCUGGUUCCCCAAUUUGCUAAAGUUCUUUCAGCAGCCAAUAGGCUUCGCAACUCUGUGUCCCAAGAGGCCAGACAGUUUGGGAACGUGUCACUGUUGACACUUGACCGCAGGAUCAUUGAAGGCGAGCAGAGAAUUCCAGCAUCGUGGUUGUCUAUCCAUCGCUUGCAUUCCUUGCCCUUCCACAAUCUGUGUCAAAGCCUGGCUUUCCCAAUGUAUCGAGCCCCUGAGGAACUGUACACCCAAGCUCUAUCCCAGCAUCUGGAGCUUCGAUUUCUGCGUCGUUUGCUGCAAUUGCACUCAUCCUCUUUAACAAAUGUAGAGAAGCAGGGAGCGCUGCUUCCUGCACCUAACCAACAAGCCCUCCUGCUACGUGUCCUGGAGGAAGACAAGGAGCUGCUUAAGUCUUUAUUGCCCAAGGUUCGGGAGCUUACCCAGCGCUGCUCACAGGGCCUUUCUUAUGGGUAUCAGGUCAAGAUUGCCAUUUCCCAUUGGUGGGAUCAGCCAGCUCAGUUUGCUCUGCCUGACAUACGCAAGGGGGGACUGACUUUUCAGCAGUGGCUACAGAGGUGGAAAUUUGCAGCUAAGGCUUCUUGAUGAGCUCCCUAGAAAAUAAAGACAAGACUGAAGUGCAUAGAUACCCAGCAAACAGGAUGUCCAGGGGACCAUGACACAACCUUCCUAAGUUCUGGGGACAUCCUAACGGCUAAUUUCUGUUUGCAGGGUAUGCACCAAGGUGAAUUUUAGAGAACAAUACUGUUCUUUGUAGUACUAAAACUACAAUUGUAUUCCCACUGACAUUAAUUUACAAUAUUGUUAGUUUCUCAUCUUCUUUUUGCUAAACAUGAUGCCAUUCAAUUUGUAUCGCACGUACAUUUCUAUUGUCUUUAUGCCAUUAAAUUAACUUUGCCUGCACCGUA